AUGUCGAACAACUCUCGUCCAAGAGAAGUAAAGCAAAGUACAAAGUCCGGCACACCCAAACAUUCCCGUCAUCCCCUUCCAGAAGAAGUAAGGCAAAGUACAAAGUCCAGUACACCCAAACAUUUCCGUCCCCCUCUUCCAGAAGAAGCAAAGGAAAUCAUAAGAGCCAGCACAUCGAAGUCUUUGGUUUCUGCUUCUCGCAAGACAACUACUACUUUAUCAUCUUCUAGGACUCAACCACAAAUAGCAUCAGCUAAAACUGAAAGUCCGACACCGAAAGUUAUUUCAAGGCAGUAUUUUCCGGUAUGUCGUGACUUUUUCCUCAUCACAGGACCUGGCGGAACAGCUUACGGUAACGAAGCCGGAUCUGAACUGAGCAAUGCUAUAUCUUCUGGGCCUGGCCGCUAUGUGGUGAAAGGAGUUGGAGAUGGAGCAUCUCCAGUCACUUUGAAUGACAUUCGUGAAGGCUUCCUAGAGUUUAUUCACGCCGGCAAACGGAAACAUGCCACAGCCAAAGGAUGCUGGAUCAUCUUUCAUGGCCAUAGCAAGAAGUCUUCUGAAGGUUGCAGAGUUAAGCUGAGCUCUGGAUAUUGGUGUCCGAUUUCUGAACUGUUCGAUAUCUUCAACUCAGCCAAAAGCGCCCUUCACCUAUCGAUAUUUAUUGGUUGCUGCUGCAGCAAUUCCGCCGUUACCAGUGUGGGCUUACUCCCAGUCGGCACUACAGUCAUCAUGCUGUCAGAUAUAGCAUCUAGCGGUUCGGAUGUUCAGCGAUGGAUACAAUCGUUGACUGGCAAGUGGAAGCAUGGGGCAUCGGUCUUAGAUCUUUUCAACGCGUUUCUUAUCGAUGGCCUUCGAAAUCGAUUUGUACCGCGGCUUUCUAUUGUUGGCGUUCGGGACUACGAACUAGGUGAUGUGUUCGUUCAGCAUCUAGGGAAGGCAGUAAAACAAGAUGUUAUCCAUUUGAUAGAGAGGCACAAUAAUAAAGGGGUCCUGGGUCCGAUUGCUCGUAAAAUUGGAACGGCGUCUCCAACGAAUGAGUUUGGAAUAAAUGCCAUAGAGUAUGGUGCGGCUUUGGCUUUAACGUUUAGUGAACGUUUGGCUUCGAGGUUUGGAUAUGAAAAAUAG